UCCGAGUAUAACCCCUCCCCCUAGAAUAUAUGUACAUAUGAACUCCUGACCAUUGUGUCAUAAUUCAGUUACCGCUGCUCACACUUUACCUUCACUGCCUGUGAUGUGUUCCUGCUGCAGGGCUGGAUGUAGCACAGCCUCCUCUCCUUUCUCAUUUCACAGUUGGCGUUAUCGUUGGUUACCCGGUUAGAAAUUCCCAUUCCGCACGUUCUGGAGCAGGGAGUCCACUUGGUUGCUUGCACGAGACAUUUUUUCCUCCAAGUAAGUGGGAGAUUCCUAUAAGCUAAAGUAAAUGGAGUAAGAUCAUAUGUAUGAAUGCAUUAUAUGAUGUGCUUACCUGGACUCCGUUUUUAAACAUUUAAGUCAGUACUUAAAAGUUCUCAGGCUUUUUACGUGAAAGGAUAAAAGCUUACACUUUUAAGUCCCCUUCCCUUCCAACUACUAAAUUACCUUCCAGUCAAGUGUGGCCUUGUAGUUUCCUAGAGGGUCAAGGCUCUUUAUCUUUACCUGUUUGUUUCUCUCUGCCUCGCCCGUCCUGAGUAUCAGCCCUCAUGUUUCCAUCAGUGACUGUCUUUUGUUUGAUUGACAUUCUUUUAGCAAAUACAGAAGUAAACAUGGGUAGGAUGAGGGAUCCAAGGCAUUAGUCAGAAUAGCGCACGCUUUCUUUCCUCCAGACAUACUGUUGCUGCGUGGCUCACACUGCCCUCUAACUUGUGACUCUUCUGCCUUCUAAUCGUUAAGAAUACAGGCAUGUAUCACCAUGCCUGGAUACAAACAAUGUGAUCUUAGUACUUAAAUUCUUAGACCUGUGCUUUGCUAACUGUAGACUCUGCUCACUACCUUACUCCCAAAAUGUCAUUAAAGAAAUGUGUUGAGGUAACGAAGCGAUACGCUACGCUGUUUACUAUUUUGAGCCAAGGGUCAGGUUCACACUAACAGCCUCUCUAAUCGUUUUUCAUGGAGAUGGAACAGCUGUCAUCUUCUUUCUGAUUUCUUCUGAGCAGCAGGCAGUGUGGGGGGCGCGGGGGGUGGGGGGUCCGUUCCCCACUCAAAGCUCAUCCACAGUUGCUUCCCUGAAUAUCUCACGGGUGAUUUUAAGUGAUGGGUGUAGGGAACACUGUGGGCCUGACAAGGGAUGUGACAAGCUAGAGGAAAUAGAAAUGGCAAUGACUUGGUUUAUAAAACUUUAAUUCAGUUUGUUACAGUUUCCUAAGAUAUUUUUAAAUAUCUAAAACUCAUUUCUCUUACCAUUGAUACUGGUUGAGAACACAGUGAGGUAAGCCUAGAGGAGCUCCGGUCUGGAAACUUCCCCAGCCUGGGAGAUACAGCAUCAUUUACACCCGCAGCUACAUGCUCAGGAGAAGCAAGCAGGAAUCUUAUUUGCAUUCUUGACUACAUAGAUUUAAAGUGUUGUGAAUACUGGAGCUAUUCCCACAAUUUUGAAAAUGAUAUUUUGAGCCUCAAAAUGUGUUAAUUCUCAAAAAAAAAAAUUUGUUUUAAAUCAACUUCCCAUUUAUUCUGGUACCUUAUAGAAAACACACAAGACCUGGGGUGGUCCUAGUAGAUUACAAAUGACAGGGUUGGUUUUGAGGUACUUGUGAGCAGUAUUUGUUCAGUUUCCCGAAGAAGCAGAGGUGUAAGAUUUCAGAAGUUUCCUGAUCAAGUAAGGUUUUUAAAAUCAGAAUAUUUACUCUCAAAACCGAAAUGUCAAGUUUUCUUUUUGGAUACUUGGAAUAUACCUGCCUGAGGCAAACACUUCAAUGCUGAGUCAUUGUAAAUCUCUAGCCCGCAACCAGUAAGUUCCUACUGCCUGUGGUACAUAAAAUGGGAAAGAACCACAGGAGGUGACCCCUCGGAAACUGCCCUGCUGCGGAGCACCUGACAUUGUCUUGUAGCUUGCUGAGUUCUGCUGCUGCAGGGUUCCCCGGCCACAGUUUGGGGGAUCAGUCUUCCUUCUUCCUUUAGCUGCAGAACAGUUGCUGCCAGCCAGCUUGGGGAUGAAGAGGGGCGUGCAUCCAAUGGCCCCACUCACACAGAGGCAGCUGAACAGUGGGUGGGGCUGAAAUACUUGGCCAUUCUGGUAAUAGACCCUGUUGAACUCACAUCCAACUGCCACAAGAUCUAAAAAGAAAAAAGCAGAUUACCAAAAAAGAACAAAAGUACUAUAGUUAGUUAGACCUACUCCGGUUGUAACUGUCUCUUUUCUGAACAUAGUUCUUAAUUCCUUAAGCCUCCUUUAGAAUUUCCUUCACAGAAACAUCUACAGAAAGGUUGGUCAUGUGGUGGCCACACACACCAUUGUCCCAGCAUUCCGGAGGUUCUCAGAUCUCAAGUUCAAGGCCAGCCAGGUUCUAAGACACCCAAAGUUUUCAGAGAAACCCUUCUCAAAAAAGCAAAGAGGAGGAAGUGGGAGAGGAGUCCUCAGCUUGCAGUGAAAUGGUUAUAAAUAAGUGGUUGAUACUGGAUGAGACGAUUCUAUCCGCUACUCGAAUACAAGCCAGAAUGCAUCCAUCGGCAGUCUGGAGAAACCAGAGUUUACUUCAGGGUAACUGAAAAGAGGAGACAUGCAUGUUCUCCAAGGGCUGUUCUUCCCUUUCAGGCCAGCAAUUUCAGUGUGUCCCAACAACCACUCAGGAAUGGCUGGAGUAUUUUUACAGAACCUGAAAAGUCAAAACUCUUCAAGAUCCUGGGAUGUGAUAGACAUUAUCGCUGAUGUGUGACAUCAUCAGUGGGAGAGAGUCAGCCAUGGCUGAAACUGAUGCCUUAGCAGGACUUGGGCAGCACAGGCAGCAGCUGUGUUCUGCCUCUCCUGCACUUGUACCUAGAAUGACAGCGCUACCUUAACAGUGUUAAGUGGCACAGUAAAGUAAGCUAACUUUAUUAAACCCUACCCAUUUUUGUAUAAUAUUCUGUAUGACAAAGUAAAUCAAGGAUUCCCCAUGCAAAAGCACAAUAGCAGCCUUGGAGAAAGUACUAGUGUUAGAAGACAAGGAGUCAGGUUUUCAGUCGGAACUUUUCUUAAGUAGCUCUCAGACGAACCAUGAGUGUUCAGACUUGGGUACGGGGGAGGGGUUUUCUUGAACGUGAACAGUAGCUUGGCUAAUAGUCACUUCUAAGGAAACAGCUCAAACUGUGUUGCCAAUGAUGGAACUCACACUUCUAAGUAAAAGGAUGUUGGAAAACUGAUAGCCAUCGCUGAGACUUUUCUAGCAAAUGCGGUAACUUUAUGCUGAGAGUGAUAGUUUAAAAUACAUAUGAGAUAACAUAGUGAGAUAACAUUUGAAUGGGUGCACCAUAGGAAACUGGAACUUUAUCCAGAGACAAAGCCAUGCCGGAGUCGGAGACCAACUCCAGGUGACUUUGUAUUUGUUUUGUUUUUGUUUUUUAAGAUAGGGUCUUCCCCUCCGUUCCAUUCCCAGCACCCAUGUGGCAACUCCAGUCUCAGAGGAUCAAGUGCCCUCUUCUGACUGCUGAGAGAGGCCAGCUGCAUGUGUGGUGCACAGGCAUACAUGAAAGCUGAACAACAUAAACACUUUUUUAAAAUGUUUUUAAAAAAUAAGGUCUUCCCAUGUAGCCCAGGCUGGCCUCAAACUCCCAAUCCUGCGUCAAGCCCUCAGUGCUAGAAUCACGUGUGAGGCAGCUCCAGUGAGUUUGGGUAUUUUGUGUUAGAAUUAACGUGCAUUGAUUUAGUCUCAGAUCCUAUGAUGCAGCUGAUUUCUAAGGAACUAUCAUGUGUCACAUUGACUAUAUCAGAAGUGUGUAUGUGUGUGUGAGGGUCUGUGCAUGUUGACAUAGCUCACCCUCUUCUAAUGACAUAUCCGUGUGGAGCCGCUCUUCUCAGAUUUCAACCACAAAUACAACAGCUUGGAGGAGGAGCAGAUGGAAGGAUCUACUCACCUAUUGCGCCAGACAUUAGGGAAAUUCUCAAUAAUGUAAAACAGCAUUCUUCUCACUAAAAUUUUCUGUGCUAUCAGUAAUGGUCUUCUUAAAGAAAACGUAUUAUUCCUAUCUUUUAAAUUAUUAUUAUUCCUAUCUUUUAAAUUAAAAAGCCAUUGACUAUCAAUUGACAAGAAGCCCACAUUAGCAGAAGGUCCAGUCCUCAGUGACUUCUAAGACUGUAAGAAGAUCCACAGACUUUAGAACAGAAGAUUUACAGCCAGUGUUCUUGGUCAGAGAUCAACACAUUUUCAAUAAAAGCCCCUGAAUAGCUUAGUCAUUCCAGGCUGCGUGGUCUCUACAGUGUUCUGCCUCUGUGCAGCAGGGAUGGCGGAGCUAUGCUCUGAUGAGGUACCAGCUACAGAUCAAACUGUGGUCUAGGUAUAGGUCCAUCCUUGGCCAACAGUUUGAGGUCCUGCAUUCCCACUUGAACUUCCCUGUGGUGACUAGUACUGAGUUCUUGGCUUUUACUAGAAAUGUUAUGUGUCCUAAAUUAUUUGUCAUCCUGGAUUAUUGCCAGUCCAUUGUCAUUUCAGAUGGUCUGAGUCAGACAUGAACUAAGACCCAGAGAGCCCAGAAUCAGGUUUGCAAAUGUUUGGUGAUGAGGGUGAGGACCCAGUGGUUAGUCAGAUGGAGAAUAAAUCAGAAAGUGAAUACCAUGUCUAUAUCCUCACAUUUUAUGUCAUACAUUUCUAAAGAGGAUUAUUUCUCCUUACAGGAGUGGCUGAAUUCAGAUUUAUUUCAGACAGUAUUAACAAAAAUUGCCAUUUUGAAGUCAGAUCCUGUAGACAUAAUCUUUUCUAUAUUCUAUCAUGAAAAGCAGCUACUUGAGACAGGUGUGGUGGCACAUGCCUUUAACUGGGUCUCAGUUCAUGUCUGACUCAGACCAUCUGAAAUGACAGCGUGCUGACAAUAGUCAAGGCAGAGGCAGGUGGGUCUCUAUGAGUUCUAGGCCAGCUUGGUCUAUAGAGCAAGUUCCAGGGCAGCCAGGAUCAGGUAAGCCUGACCACCCCCCCAAAAAAAGACAACAACAACAACAAAACUCAGCUGAGAACUACAUUAUAACUAAUACAAUAUAAAAUAAUAGGCUUUCAUAUCUAUGGACUUCAUAUGUCAUCCAGUAAAACUGAGCCAUCCCACAGGUAUGCAAAAUUGAAUCCAUCUUGUAUUUAGCCAAACUGAAUUCUCCACUCUGAAUUAACAGUUAUAGGAGUAGAAGUGUGUCUCAAUUCAGCCUUUUACAGUGAGCCUAGCAGACACUUACAUGCGCACACGCCUGUCUCGUACCUAGGCGUGUCCCCGGAGUAGUCACAGUACAGGCCUUUGUGGGGGUCGCAGAUCUCGGCUUCGUUACAGGUGUCCCCUGGUUGCUUGGCACAGACUUUGCAGCAUCCACAGCCGUCCCUCACCAAACUCACCCCAGGAGGACAAGUGGGCCUCUGCGGGGGGCAUCUGCAGGGCCAGCGGCAGACCUCUGUACGCUGAUACACCUCCAAUGCUGCUCCAGGCCGCCCUCCAGGGGUCGAGUCUUGUGGUGCACUGCCCUGUGUCCUGCAGCAGAGCUUCGUUUGGUGAUAAAGGUGACGUUAGAGGAGGAUUCUGAGACUACUCAUGGGUCUGGAGGAGAUAUAUGCCAAACAGGUACUAAAUACCACUGUAUCUGAUUGUAUCACCCCAGUGGUCUACACUGUCUGUGGCUUACCAUGUACACUUGUGAGUGUGGGACCUUUGGAGCCCUGCCUGCCCUGGCCAUGGCUGCCCUCCAUACCCCACCACGCCCUGCUGUUUACACCACACCACACUGUCUCCCUAUUGGAAUGGAAAUAUCAACAUGGCUGCUUUGAAAACUUG